AUGUCCACCCAAGGCCAGGGCAUCUCCCUGCUCCAUCAGUCCCACGAUGCUGGCUAUCGCCUCCUCGAGCUGCCCCCCGAGCUAGAGUCCUUGAUCGAUUCCGACUCGGCUCCAGUCCUCACUCUCGACUCGUCGUCAGAUACCUCGGCGGUCCUCCGCACACCGGGAAACUCCUACGUCCUCCGUCAAAAGAACACCUCCAACGCCCUCAUCCUCCUCUCUCCGCACCUCUCCUCUUCCUCCCCCACCCAGGGCCUCUUGGCCAUUGCUACCAUCCACGAGACGGUGGAGCUUGAUGCCGUCAACGAAGCAGCCACUAAUAGAGCUCCCCUUAAAGACACUGGCAGCAGAGGAAAAUGGCACGAAAAGUUUGGCAAGAACAGGUAG